AUGCACUUUCUGCCUUCGAUGCUGUUAGUACCCCCCGCCAGCUUCCCUUGCCUGGUCCUAAUCCGAUACGUGUACACUGUCUGUCUACUUCACUUUCCCAUAACCGCCUCGCUUCCCUCUUGUUUCCCCCUUCCCGACCCGCCGACCCCCGGCGCAUUCCUCUUCAGACCCCACACAAUCUCCCGCAGACCGCCCCUCCCCCCUCCCUCUACGUCGCGCUGACAGAAUGCAGAUGGCUGAAGCCGACCCCAACAUCAUGUCCUCUCUCCUGGACCCGACAGUCUACGGGAGCUUUGACGCCAUGUCUAUGAGCGUCGACAACCCCCACGACGACGGCACCAUGUCCGCCUUCAAUUUUGUCGGCAACACCCCCAUGCCUGACGGCCUCGGAGACGAAACACCCUCCAUGAGCAACAAUUAUUCAAACAAUGGCGACGAUGCUUCUAGCGUUGUCGGCGGGGGGCCUCCACCGGCCGGUGGCAUGAAUGCGCAGUCUUUGCAGCAGGCCGGCAGUACCCUGACCGAGUUCACAAAGAGGCGCAACUGGCCCGCAAAAGUCGUGGAAGAGCUCAAGGACUUUCUUCAAAUACUCGACGCCAACGGUCGCCUACGAUACGUCUCGCCCAGCAUCUUGAAUCUGACGGGCUACGCCGCCGAAGAGAUCACCGACACUUUCCUCAAGGACCUGGUUCAUCCAGACGACGUCGGCGUUUUUGUCGCCGAGCUAAACGAGUCCAUAGCCUCAGGGAACCCCCUACGCCUGUUCUUCAGGCUCAAGAAGAAAGAUGGCAAAUACGCCAUUUUCGAGUCGGUAGGCCAUGCGCACAUCGCUGCCGCCAAAUUUGCGCCGAAUCCCCACAACCAAUCUCCAUUCUGCCAGGCGGUGUUCAUGAUGUCGCGCCCGUACCCAACAAAGAACGCCGGCCUGCUGGACUCGUUUUUGGAACACAAGAUCGAGAAUGAACGCCUGAGGAGGCGCAUUGCCGAGCUGCGCCGGGAGGAGGAGAUGGAGAACGAAGAGUCACAACGGCAAUGGAUGCAGAGCCAGGAGGGCAGGUCAGACAUGACGCCGUCGGAAACCACAAUGACGUCCGCCCCGAGCCACGCGUCUCGCAACACGGAAACGGGAGAUAGGUCGUCGGCCCUCAACGUCGCACUCACGCGUGAGGCUCUGGAAGGCGUCGCAGGAAGCCGCCCGGACUCGCUGAAGGACAAGAUGGCCAGGUACGAAGGGGGGGCUUCGCACACGGACACCAUCGAGAUGUUGACUGGGCUGAGGUAUAUCGAGGGUGAAAGAAGUCGCGGCAUCACGACAGGCAACGCAAGUCCAACAUUGAUCAAGGGCGACGCCGGCAUUGCCAUUCCACUCGACCGGGACCCUCGGACAGGCGACAAAAAGAAGAAGCUCAAGACUUCGGAGGAAUACGUCUGCACCGACUGCGGCACCCUGGAUUCCCCCGAAUGGCGUAAAGGCCCAAGUGGGCCAAAAACACUAUGCAACGCCUGCGGCCUUCGGUGGGCCAAGAAAGAGAAGAAGAACAGACACAACGGCAACAACUCCAGUCAUCAGGCGGGCUCGUUACAAGUCGAGCAUGGCUGAGGUUAAGUUUUGAUGAGUAACUGUCGGCGCAUUGGUCGACAGAUGCCCUAGAGGGCUAGGCACGGCUCUCCCAUGACCUCACCCGGCUGGAGUGGGCAUCUGGAAGACAGCAUGGCGCAGACUACUAUUACAUUGACGAACAUAUGGCUGUAUGCUGCUUUUACGUUGUUAUUGAUUUGCAGCAACCGAGAUACCUGGAUACGACUGGACAAUGGGACACACGGGGCGAGGCCUUCGGAUCAGCAGUUUCGAGAGAGCGAAAUUCAAGCCAUGUUGCUUUCAUUAGCCGGCGAGCCAUCCACCGAGUCAGGUACAGUUGACGCGGGCAGCGGCUCGGGCGGGAACCACUGGAUGUGUUGACCUAUUUUCUCCUCUUUUU